AUGUUGGAAGAGGGUAAAAAUUAUUUUGCUGAUUUGAUAGUUGAAACCACUCAGAAAAAAAAGCAAAAAUUAGUUCGGGUUCACCAAAUAAUUACUAACGCCCAAAAUAUUUUGGAUAAAAAUGGAGUAACCAAGGAAGAAUUGGAAAGCGUUAUUAAGGACUUAAAAACCCUGGCUAAUGCAGUGGUUGAUAGCACUGAGGAAAUAAAAUUAUUAAAUGGUCUGUUAAAUAAAUUAUCUGCUCUUUCGACUACUCCGAAUGAAAUCCCUACCCCACCUGCUUCUCCUAAUUCUGAUGAACUUAAAAAUACUGCCGAUGAUAAUGACAAGUUAAAGGAAAAAGCAGAAGCCAGUCAACCCCAAGUCCAAAAAGACCAAGAGACUAUUAAAAAUAACCUCAACGACGAUAUUAAACAAGCCCAAAGCGGCACGGAUGACGAUAAAGUUGAAGUUGUUAAAAAUGCUGGCAAAAUUCACGGUGAAGAAGGCUUUGAAAAACAAAAAACUCAAAUCGAAGCCAUUAAAGAAGAAUUAAUUCAAAAUAAUCCGGUCAAAUACCGCGAAGGAAUUAUUGGUGAGAUAGAGGAAAAUAUGAAAAAAAAUAAUCUUUCCAGUGAGGAAUUAGAUAAAGAGUUAGAGACUGAAUGA